AAAGGAAAUGGUGUUGGGAAAUGUUAAAGUUAGAAAUGCCAUUGUAAAUCUUGGGAAUAAAUUCAUUCAAUCUAUAAAAGAAGAUUGUGGGGAUAAUGUGACAUUGAAUUUACCAACUGUUAAAGGAGAUAAUACUAUAGUUAUCAAAGGACCUGAAGAUGAUGUAAAAAAUGUUAUUACACAAAUUCAGACAAUGGUUGAUGAAGUUCAUAAAUAUGUGUAUGAUUUAAAAGUAAAUCCGAAGUUUCACAAAUAUUUAAUUGGAAUAAAUGGAGUCAAUGUUAAAAAGAUCAGAUAUUUAACGAAUACAAGAAUAAUUUUCCCGCCUGAAACUGAUUCCACUAAUGAAAAUAUAACUAUUGUUGGUAAAAAAGAGAAUGUUUAUAAAGCAAAAGCAAAAUUUGAAGUUAUGAUAACCGAUAUUGAUAAUGUCAUCAAAGAACAUGUAAAAAUUAAUGAAAAAUAUCAUGGCACUUUAGUGGUCAAUCAAAAAGAAUAUUUACACAAAAGCUUGCGUUAA